AUGCAGUCGCUCAGCCAAUCAGCCGCCGGCACACGGCAGAGCGGCGUCCGCUCGGGCAGCAGCAGCAGCGGCGGCGGUGGCGCGCUCCCUGUGAUACGCUUUAGCGGCCGCCGCAGCAGCCACUGCCAUUGUCCUCACGCCAGCAGCGCCAGUGGUGCGAGCAGGGCGGGGCGGGAGCAGGACCUGCAGCGGCACCCGUCAACACAGCAGCGCGGCCCUCCGAUGCAGCAGCUGCCGAGGCCGCCAUUGCAAAAGCAGAUCAUCACCGUCAGCCCCUCCUCUGACCUGGCGCGCGCGGCCCAGGCCCUCAUAAGGCAGCUGGACGCGUUCGGCGGCGCAGAGAUCUGGUGCACCGGCGUCAGCAGCCAGGUCUACGCCAUUGGAGUGCUGGUCACUGCCCAAGAAAUGCUCUCCACGCGCGCCGCCGCCCCCUCCACCGACGCCGACGCCGGCGCCGGCGCCGUCGCCUCGCCCCGCGCCGACGGCGUCGCGGCCACGCUGCAGCUCGCGCCCCCCGACGGCGACCCCGGGCGCGAGAAGCGCAGCAUACGCAAGCUCAUCAUCGGCGCCGUGCCCGCGCCGCCGCCGCGGCCGGCGGAGUGGACGGGCGCCGGCGACAGGACCAGCACGGCGGUCGUGCGGGGCGCGGGGGAGCUCGCCGCCGCGCUGAGGGCCGGCCUGGAGUCUGAAAGGGGCGGGCACGCUCUGGAGGCGCGCGGCGAGCAGGGGGUGAACCGCGCGCUGCGCGCGGUGCUGGCGCUGCAGGGGGAGCUGGGGGAGCCGCUGGCUGUGUGGCCGUGGUACGGCGCGGUGGCCGACGCGUCGGCGGCGGCGCGGGGGGAGGGGGAGAGGGCGGUGCCCGGGACGGUGCUGCUCGUGCGGCGCAUCCAUGCGGAGUAA